ACUCGAGCAUUAACUGUUUCUCUCUUUGUAGACAUGCUGCCAGUCUUACAGAACAUUUUAAUUUUGUUUCAGAUUUCCAGCUCCCGCAGUUCUUUGUUUUAUCUGAGUGUGUUUUUUUUUGACUGGGCUUGUCCCGCGCCGUAUACCUCCUGUCCCUCUUCCUGCACCGUACCCGGGAACCUGCCUCCCCGCCCCCACGGUGUAACCAAGGCAACGGGCCGUAAACACACGUCCUCCCGCCACCGCUAACGGCAGAAAAGAGCGAGGACUCCGCGGUGCCAAGAGCCCGGACAGGGUGCUCACCAUGACCCGGGAGCUCAGCAAGGAGGCCUUGCAGGAACUGUACGCCUGGAUUGACGGAAUCCCGCUGUCCAGGCCGAAACGGAACAUCGCCCGGGAUUUCAGCGAUGGAGUAUUGGUUGCUGAAGUGGUGAAGCAUUUUUUGCCAAAAAUGGUAGAAAUACAUAACUAUAUUCCAGCAAACUCUACCCAGCAAAAACUGAGCAACUGGCAGAUAUUAGACAGGAAAGUAUUUUCCAAAUUACAUUUUCAUAUUUCCGAAGACAUGUUAACAAAGUUGGUUAAGAGCUCUCCUGGAAUUAUUGAACCAGUUUUAUACAUGUUAAGACAGAAGAUUGAGGAAGAACUCAAUUGCACACAAGAGGUGGAAAAUUACAGUACUUAUGCUGACAAAAACAUUUCAGAUUACGUACCACCCAACAUGCAUUUAUUUACAAAGGAAUGCCAAUCCCAACCUGAAAUGUGGAACAACAGUCAGAAGCAGAGGACAUUUUAUGACCAGUUUUCCCAGCUGAAUCCUGAAAUUCGUCUCUUAUUAGAGGAGAAAGAUCAAGCUCUGUUAGCUCUUCGUGAAACUGUGGAGAUACUGCAGAUGAAAGUACAGCGACUUGAACAUCUGGUUCAGUUGAAAGAUCUCCGAAUUGAAGAUUUGACAAGACAUUUGAAUAAGCAUAAAUCACAGAAGACAAUGAAGUGACAGCAAUUAAAGGAAAAAAAAGGAAUAAUUAAAAUCUCAACAGAAGAAUUUGUUUUCAAACACCUGCUGAAAUGGGAUGAAAGUGAUACUUUGUGUUUUCACUCUCUUAAAAACCAAUUGGCAACACAUGUUUCACAGGAUUAGAGCAGUCUUAGAUUACAUUGUCUUUUAGAAUGACGGCAGAAUUGUACUGUAACACCACUCAUCUGAUUUACCUUGUUGCGAUUUUAGGAACUCAUACAGAAUUAGAAUGUAGUUUAUUUUUAGAUCUUAGUAUUUAAUAGUAUUUAAAAUUGUUUGUCGUGCAAGGUUAUCUUCUCGAUAAAGAUUCUGCUCCUCAUAGGUCUUAGUGCUGCUAGAUAGGUAAUAUGUAAAAGAGUUAUUUAACAUAACAAAAUACAUAUUGUGAAUAAAUCAUAUAUUGUCUAGAUAUACAUUUUCCACAUUAGUGGAAAACACAAUCUGUUUUAGUAACUUUUUAUUUCAAAUUCCAUGAUUUUAAGACUGACAGUGAUGGAACAUUACAAACUAAUUUUAUCAUGCAUUCAGAAUGCGGUCUAGGUGAUGUUUCAUGUAAUUUUCGGAAUUCUAUCUUUUGCUGGUUGAUAUAAGCUAAGAUAAGGUAGACAAAAGGAAAACCUACAGAUUUGAAAUUUAUUCCCCUGUUAUUGAGAUGUAACCAUGCUGUCUUACAGAAAAUGGAGAUCUUGUAGGCAUUCCUAUCUGCCUGAGAAAUGUCAAAGUUAAUGCUGAUGGAAUUACGAAGUUAGUGACGAUGACAUGAGCUACAUCUCAAACAGAAGGUGCACAGCACUAGUCAUGAAGACCUGUUCACACAAACGGUUGUGAUUCUUAUAGGGACAGUUGCAGUUGCUGCAUUAUUGAAUACGUUUAAGGCAGGAAUAUUCAGAUUUUUGGGAAUCAAAGGGGACCAGGCAGGAAAACGAAUUUAAAACCCAUUAGGAACCUAGGAACAGUGGAGAAUAGCAAGCUCAACCACAUGGAUAAAGCAACACAGCAACAGCAUGGACACAUCAGCGGAGAAAUGGGAAAGAUUGAGACUAGCAGCCGGGAUCAACCAGUGCAGAGGCAUCAAGAACACAGUAGGGUAGAAUUGGGUAAGAGUGAGAGCAGCCACAGGAAUAAAAGCAAAGCAGAGGCAGCAAAAACACAGUGGGGAAGAAACAGUAAAGAUUGAUAUCAGCAGCAGGAAUAAAGGCAGUAAAGCAGCAGCAUGAAAACAGGAAGGGACAGCAGCAGGAAACAGUGAGAAGAGCAGUGGGGGGGAAAAACACAGAGGGAGUGAGAACAUGGUGAGGGAACAAUAUGAAACAGUGAGACAGCAGGAGAUAAAGGCAGAGCUGAAACAGCAAGAACCUUCCAGAAGAAAAUGUAGCCACCACCUUCUCCUUCCCACUGUGUCACACCUAGGGCAGUAUUGGCAAUACCACAGCUUCAGAAUUCCUGGGUUAGGGUAAAUGGUGUAAUGUUCAGGCUUCUCUCUGCUGGGGUGAUGAGGAUCCUGAUGUUCCAGGUCACACUUCAUUUGAGGGGGUGGGAUGAUGACAGUUCUUUUAACAUGGUCCAAACGGCAGUCAUGUUACUGGCCCCUCUGUAAGCGUCAGAGACACGGGCAAUAUAUAACAGAUGCCUUCAAUCUAAUUACAGGAAAGGCCUCCAAAAUCAGUACCCUCUCUCAGGCUGACAUCCCCAACAUCGAGGUACUGGUUACAAUCAAUCAUCUGCAUUGGACAUACCACAGAAUCCCCAUGCCUGUCACAAGACUCCCAAAUCAAACUCUUUCCUCUCAACUUCAUCACAGCAAGCAGGUACCAGGAUGGCAGAGGAAACAUUUCAAGAGCAUCAUCAAAACCUCCAUGAAAAGUGGAACAUCCCCACCUUCGCAGGUAGAUAAGAUAAUGAAGAAGGCAUUUGAUA